GGGAUGAUCACCUCCCCUCGGCGGCGUCUUCACAAACGCCGGCCCUUGCACGCUCGAUCGAUCGAUUGAUCGUCCUUCCCAUCCCUCGCCUCCGCCCCCCGAUUUUCGAGAGAGAGGUUCGCUUGAUCCGAAGGCUUCGCGCGCGGGAUCCUGAGGCGAGCCGAGGAGGAAGAUGAGGGAGUGCAUCUCGGUCCACAUCGGGCAGGCCGGCAUCCAGGUCGGCAACGCGUGCUGGGAGCUUUACUGCCUCGAGCACGGCAUCCAGCCUGAUGGCCAUAUGCCCGGAGAUAAGACUGUGGGACACUACGAUGACGCCUUCACCACUUUCUUCAGCCAGACCGGCGCAGGGAAGUACGUGCCUCGUGCAAUCUUCGUUGAUCUUGAACCCACUGUGAUCGAUGAGGUGCGCACUGGCAUGUACCGUCAGCUCUUCCACCCUGAGCAGCUCAUCAGUGGCAAGGAGGAUGCUGCCAACAACUUUGCCCGUGGCCACUACACGAUUGGCAAGGAGAUUGUUGACCUGUGCCUUGACCGCAUCCGCAAGCUUGCUGACAACUGCACUGGCCUUCAGGGCUUCCUGGUCUUCAAUGCUGUUGGUGGUGGCACUGGUUCUGGCCUUGGUUCACUCCUCCUCGAGCGCCUGUCUGUGGACUAUGGCAAGAAAUCCAAACUGGGCUUCACUGUAUACCCAUCUCCCCAGGUGUCAACCUCUGUUGUUGAGCCCUACAACAGCGUGCUCUCCACCCACUCACUCUUGGAGCACACUGAUGUCUCCAUCCUGCUCGACAACGAGGCCAUCUAUGACAUCUGCAGGCGCUCACUGGACAUUGAGAGGCCCAACUACUCCAACCUGAAUCGCCUAGUGUCUCAGGUGAUAUCAUCGCUGACUGCUUCCCUGAGGUUUGAUGGUGCCCUCAAUGUGGAUGUGAACGAGUUCCAGACCAACCUGGUUCCUUACCCGAGGAUCCACUUCAUGCUGUCGUCGUAUGCGCCGGUAAUCUCGGCAGAGAAGGCCUACCACGAGCAGCUGUCGGUGGCGGAGAUCACCAACAGCGCGUUCGAGCCGGCGAACAUGAUGGUCAAGUGCGACCCCCGGCACGGCAAGUACAUGGCGUGCUGCCUUAUGUACCGUGGUGACGUGGUGCCCAAAGACGUGAACGCAGCGGUGGCCACCAUCAAGACGAAGCGCACGAUCCAGUUCGUGGACUGGUGCCCGACGGGGUUCAAGUGCGGCAUCAACUACCAGGCUCCGACGGUGGUGCCGGGCGGCGACCUCGCCAAGGUGCAGCGCGCCGUGUGCAUGAUCUCCAACUCCACCAGCGUCGCCGAGGUGUUCUCCCGCAUCGACCACAAGUUCGACCUCAUGUACGCCAAGCGCGCCUUCGUGCACUGGUACGUCGGCGAGGGCAUGGAGGAGGGUGAGUUCUCUGAGGCCCGUGAGGACCUGGCCGCCCUAGAGAAGGACUACGAGGAGGUGGGCGCCGAGGGCGGGGGUGACGAGGAUGAGGACGAGGAGUACUGAUCUGCUUCCUGGAAUCUGUUGUGUGCCGUCAAUCGAUGUGUGACAUCUGUUGCGGUGUCGAAAAGACUUUUAAAUUUGAGUCUUCGGUUGUUAUGUUGGUGUUUGCUCCUCCGUAGUUUGUUGAACUUUUUCAGUACCAAGUCGUAAUGGAAUACUCCUGAGUAUCUCGCUUAAUAACUGUUUGGUUCACUCUACC